UUUUUUUUUUAAUUCAGAUUCAUGAAGAAGAACGAGAGGAACAAACAACCAAUACCAGUUGAUACUGAAGCACAUCAACGCCACUUAAGAAGACAAUUAGAUUCUCUAGAACGUGAUAACCAUCAAUCUUUGAACGAUGUCGAAGGUCUGAUCAGUGUAGCUUUGGCAGCUCAAGAACAAAAUGACGAAGCACCAAGGAAAUCAAGGCACAAAACCGGUACAAGCAAAUCUGGUAGAGCUAGUGUAUUUUCUACCAAGGCUAAUCUCUCUGUACUACUGGAGGAUGCUCACUUGGAAGAUUAUUCACCUGAUAUCCCUACCUACUUGACAUGUAAUGCUGCUCCUUCUAAAUACCCCCCAAGACAUUUUUGUUCAGUCUGUGGCUUUUCAAGUAGUUACAAGUGCUUACGAUGUGGUAUGAAAUAUUGCUCUCUGGCUUGUUUGAACACUCAUAAAGAAACAAGGUGUAUGAAGUGGACAGUGUAAAUAGUAGUUGUUGUAUAUAUAGAAUAGUUGUUAGUUUAGCAGUUUAUCAUAGACAUUACUUGUAAAAAAAAAAAGACAAUAAAAAUAUUUAUAAUCUUAUGAAAAAGAAAA